GUGAGACACCAAGCAAUGCCGAGUAUCGUGCGGCCACGGCUUCCAACCCGUCAGAUGCGCGUGCGACUCAGACUUGGCCUGAUCGCGCCGUCUGUUUUAUUUAACUUAAUUUUAGUUUAGCUUAGUUUUAACGUAACAUAGUGUUAAUUAGUGUUACAAACAUUUAAUGGGAAUAAUAAUAUAGAAGCAUAAACAGCAGCAAAAAUGUCUCGAUUCAAGACGAUACUGGUGACUGGCGGCGCUGGAUAUAUUGGCAGCCAUUGUGUAGUAGAUCUCCUGGAAGCCGGCCACGAUGUCGUGGCUAUAGACAACUUCGCUAACGCAGUGGGAGACGACACUGGGUCACCAGCCCUCCAACGCGCGGAACAGAUCACUGGCAAAACGAUUCACUUCUACAAGGCAGAUUUGCUGGAUAAACCGCAGAUUAAUGAUAUUUUUGACAAGCACCCCAUAGAUUGUGUAAUCCACUUCGCGGCGCUGAAGGCUGUUGGAGAAUCCAUGCAACAACCUCUACUGUACUACCAGAACAACCUUUUGGGCAUGCUCAAUUUGUUGGAGAUUAUGAGAUCACACAACUGUUAUCAGAUGGUAUUUUCCUCAUCCUGCACUGUGUACGGAGAGCCGGAGUAUCUGCCUAUAACCGAGAAUCACCCUACUGGCAGCAUUACCAACGUGUACGGAAGGACCAAAUACUUCAUUGAGGAAAUGCUCAAAGAUCUAAGCGCUGCUGAUGAGAAAUGGAACAUAAUAUGCCUUCGGUACUUCAACCCGGUGGGCGCGCAUCCGUCAGGUCUGAUCGGUGAAGACCCUACCAAGGAGUUCACUAACCUCAUGCCGUUCAUGGCCCAAGUGGCGCUCGGCAAGAAACCUGUGCUUACUGUCUUCGGCAGUGAUUACAAUACACCUGAUGGCACUGGUAUCCGAGACUACAUUCACGUUAUGGACCUAGCGAGCGGUCACGUCGCAGCGCUGAACUUGCUAAGCAGCACUCACGUCAAACUAAAGGUCUACAAUCUAGGUACCGGCAGAGGAGUUUCAGUUAAAGAGCUGGUAGACGUGUUUGAACGAGUAACGAACACUAAGAUUCCUUUGAAGUACGUAGCUAGAAGACUGGGGGAUAUUACAGCCAUGUGGGCAGACGCGAGCCUCGCUAAGCAAGAGCUGGGCUGGUCCACUAAACUGAGCAUUGAAGAGAUGUGCACUGAUUUCUGGAGAUGGCAAACAAUGAACCCUGACGGCUACCCCAAGAAAAGUAAGAAGACGAGCGUCAUUGUGAACGCGAACGGAAACAGCUAACGUGGAUUGCAGGGCGAUCCAUAUGAUUAUUUAUAGUUCUGUAUUAAAUAAGCGACUGCCUACUAUUUAUUA